GAGUUAUGUUAAAAGGAGUAAGAUGGGUUUUCCUAGGAAAUCUUGGAGGAAGUGGGAUUUCCUAAUCUCUUCAUAACUAAAUUUUUCCAUCUGAAAGCUGAUGUUUUUAGGUAAAAUGAGUUAUCAGAAUGAAGAGGGAUUAAAGGGAAAACUUGUACUGCUCUUAUGUUGCUGAGUUGGUUGUACUGGGGGCUUUUUCUUGAUGCUCAGAGUACCCACUUUGUCUCUAAAACCAGAGAGAGAGGGCAGGAGACAGCUGAUCGGGUCAAAUUUCAAAUGAAACUGAAAUGAAAGUUCACUUCCUCAUUGUGGAUACCUCAUGUGACAAGUUCUAAUUUCUCCAUAAAGUCAAUGUAGCUGAAGUCACUUUGCUGGCUUUGAACUUUUAGAGAGGACCCACCUUCAAGCACUCCUAGUAUGGGAGCACCUGCUGUUUCUAGCAUAAUGAAAUGGCUGGCUUGCGUGCUCCUGGGGUGCUCCGCAGCGGUGGCGCAGCUGCAGAGGGACCCCACGCUGGAUCGCCACUGGGACCUCUGGAAGAAGACUUACAGCAAGCACUACAGGGAAAAGAUUGAAGAAGUGGCACGGCGUCUCAUCUGGGAAAAAAACCUAAAGUUUGUGAUGCUUCACAACCUGGAGCAUUCAAUGGGAAUGCACUCAUAUGACCUCGGCAUGAACCACCUGGGAGACAUGACCAGUGAAGAAGUGAUUUCUUUGAUGGGUUCCCUGACAGUUCCCAGUCAAUGGCAGAGAAAUGUCACUUACAAGUCAAACCCUAAUCAGAAAUUGCCUGAUUCUCUGGACUGGAGAGACAAGGGGUGUGUUACUGAGGUGAAAUACCAGGGUUCCUGUGGUUCUUGCUGGGCUUUCAGUGCUGUAGGGGCCCUGGAAGCACAGCUGAAGCUGAAAACAGGGAAGCUGGUGUCUCUGAGUGCACAGAAUCUGGUGGAUUGCUCAACUGAAAAAUACAGCAAUAAAGGCUGCAAUGGUGGAUUCAUGACAAGUGCUUUCCAAUAUAUCAUUGACAACAACGGCAUCGAUUCAGAAGCUUCCUAUCCCUACAAAGCCCAGGAUGGAAAGUGCCAGUAUGACUCAAAAUUUCGAGCUGCCACAUGUUCAAAGUACACUGAACUUCCUUUUGGCAGUGAAGAGGCCUUGAAAGAAGCUGUGGCCAAUAAAGGACCGGUGUCUGUUGCUAUAGAUGCGAGCCAUCCUUCUUUCUUCCUCUACAGAAGUGGUGUCUACUAUGACCAGUCCUGUACUCUGAAAGUGAAUCAUGGUGUCUUAGUGGUUGGCUAUGGUAACCUUGAUGGGAAAGACUACUGGCUUGUGAAAAACAGCUGGGGCCUGAACUUUGGUGACAAAGGAUAUAUUCGGAUGGCAAGAAAUAGUGGAAAUCACUGUGGGAUUGCCAGUUACCCAUCUUACCCAGAAAUCUAGAGGAUCUCUUCAUUUUAUAACAGGUUAUUGUUAUAAUCAUGAGAAUGUAAAUUGUGGUAUGCUGGCGAUGAGCUAUGGCAACUUCAGUGGAAGAAACUAAGCUAUUAAUGUGGCUCACAGUGUAUCUUAGCACAUAAACGGAUUCAAUAAAAUAUUUUAAAUGAA